UAGUUUGAACGCGCCGCGCCGGAAGAAGGUUGGUUCGGUGGAAUCGGGUGUGGGGGAGCUCUCUCCUGAGUCCGAGGGCUCCUGUCCGAGGCGGAGGGACGCGUAAGCGACCCCCGACACCAGCGCCGGGAACCGAGAGGUGUUGCCAUGGUGAUGGCUGUGGAAGACAGCGUGGUUCGGGUGGUCGUGCGGGUGAGGCCUCCCACCCCUAAGGAGCUAGAGAGUCAGCGGCGGCCUGUGAUUCAGGUGGUAGACGAGCGGAUGCUGGUGUUUGACCCCGAGGAGUGUGAUGGGGGAUUUCCUGGCCUAAAAUGGAGUGGUUCCCACAAUGGCCCCAAGAAGAAGGGCAAAGACUUGACAUUUGUCUUUGACCGUGUCUUUGGUGAGAUGGCCACUCAGGAGGAUGUGUUCCAGCACACCACACACAACAUCCUCGACAGCUUCCUCCAGGGCUACAACUGCUCAGUGUUUGCCUAUGGUGCCACCGGGGCUGGGAAGACACACACAAUGCUGGGGAGGGAGGGAGAGCCCGGCAUCAUGUACCUGACCACCAUGGAACUGUACAGGCGUCUGGAAGCCCGCCAGGAAGAAAAGCAAUUCGAGGUGCUCAUCAGUUACCUGGAGGUGUACAACGAGCAGAUCCAUGACCUCCUGGAGCCCAAAGGGCCCCUCACCAUCCGUGAGGACCCAGAUAAGGGUGUUGUGGUGCCGGGACUUUCUUUCCACCAGCCAGCCUCAGCUGAGCAAUUACUUGAGAUGCUGACGAGAGGCAACUGCAGCCGCACACAGCACCCCACGGACGCCAACGCCACAUCCUCCCGCUCUCAUGCCAUUUUCCAGAUCUUUGUGAAGCAGCAGGACCGGGUUCCAGGACUGACCCAGGCCCUUCGAGUAGCCAAGAUGAGCUUGAUUGACCUGGCUGGCUCCGAGCGGGCAUCCAGCACCCAUGCCAAAGGAGAGCGGCUGCGGGAGGGUGCCAACAUCAACCGCUCUCUGUUAGCACUCAUUAAUGUCCUCAAUGCCCUGGCUGAUGCAAAGGGCCGCAAGUCUCACGUACCCUACCGAGACAGCAAGCUGACCCGCCUGCUCAAGGACUCCAUUGGGGGCAACUGCCGCACUGUGAUGAUUGCUGCCAUCAGCCCUUCCAGCCUGACCUACGAGGAUACUUACAACACCCUCAAGUAUGCUGACCGUGCCAAGGAGAUCAGACUCACGCUGAAGAGCAACGUGAUCAGUGUGGACCACCACAUUAGCCAAUAUGCCACCGUCUGCCAGCAGCUCCAGGCUGAGGUAGCCUUCCUGAGGGAGAAACUCCAGAUGUAUGAGGCUGGAGCCCAGGCCCUGCAGCAGCCUCCACCGCCCCCCACGUUGAGCAUACCACAAAGCCUUUCUAGCUCCUCGUUACAGCCUGGGCCCUCCAGCCAGUCCUCUACCCCAGAGUGCCAUGCACAGAAUGAAACUCUUCAAGAGGAGAGCCUGGGAUCAGACGCCCAGGGACAGGAGAUUGUGGAAGAAAGCGCUUCAGAGCAGGAGCAGUGCCCCCAGGACAAACAGUAUCCAACCCAGAAGCCAGAGCCGAACCUGCCCGGGUCCCCUAGUCCAAGUGUACAGGCGAAGCCAGGCAUGGGCCAACACUCACCACAGAAACAGGAUGCGGACCACUCCAAACAGUUGGCCCUCCGGGUGCUCCGCCUGGCCCAGCGACAGUACUCCCUGCUGCAGGCAGCCAACCUCCUGACUCCUGACAUGAUCUCAGAGUUUGAGACCCUGCAGCAACUAGUGCUCAAGGAAAGCGUUGACCACAGGGCUGAGAGCCCCAGGUCUCCUGGUCUGGCCAGAGGGGACCCGCUAGCUCAGGCGCUGUGCUCCGAGUCUAAGUCUUCAGGGUACUGUGGUCCAGUGACCAGGACCAUGGCAAAGCAACUGAAUGGUCUCACACACACUCUGGGGACCCCACUCGAACCUGACUGCACCUCAGAUAAGACGUUCCAAAAGCCUACCAAGGAGAAGAAAAGGAAGCUGACCCCCGAAGAGCCAGGCAGCCUACCAGCCCCAAAUCUGGAGAUGAAGCGCCAGCGCCAGUCCUUCCUCCCCUGCCUAAGAAGGGGCUCUCUACCUAAGGCCCAGCCGUCCUCUGAGCCGAGAACUCCCAAAAGAGAGAGGGCCUCUUCUCCCUCCCCCUCCUCCCGAGUCUGCCCAGCCACAGUCAUUAAAAGCCGGGUACCCCUGGGCCCUUCUGCCUUACAGAACUGUUCCACUCCUCUGGCCCUACCCACUCGGGACCUCAACACCACCUUCAAUGUCUCUGAGGAGUCCCCCUCCAAACCCAGCUUCCAGGAAUUUGUUGACUGGGAAAAAGUUUCCCCGGAGCUGAACAGCACAGACCAACCCUCUCUCCCCAGCGCACCUGUCUUCAUAUUCACGAAGGGCCCCAAGCCUUCUCUUCCUGCAGUCACUGCCAGCAAGAAGAGGCAUGCUAUGAGGCCCUCAGUCUCCCGAGGCCGCAGCUGUAUUGCCCGUCUCCACAGUAGCACCUUAAAGAAGCCAGACAGGCCCUUCACAGUCCCAGAGCCACCCUUGAGCCCCCACUGCCUUGAUGACCAGAGGACUCCUAAAGAACUGACUGGGGUGACAGAGUCCUAUUAACUGAGUGUUCUGACCACGAGGGACUCCUGGCAUCCACGAUUGUUCUGAUUCGCCAAUAGCCUUCUCUUGUCUACAGCUGCCAAUGCCAAGAGUCCCUAGCCUGCCUUCCUCACCUUGGAGCAAUUAACACCACCAUGCCUUAGCUCUGUUAACACCCCUCCCCAACCACUUGUCUAUUUGCCUUCUUUAUUAAUCUCUUUCACACUCAGCUUCUUGGUAUAUACAUAUUCCUUUGUGAGUGUUAAACGUGUGGCUGUAUUAAAGGAUCCUGUCAGGGUUUCUCAUUCCCAAAGCCUUCCACAGAAGCAGGGAACUCUUGGGCUCUGUUCUUUACCCCUCAGCUUCAUGUCUGACAACAGGGCUCAGCACAGUGAAGGUGGACAAGAGAGGUUGCUGACAAAUGCCGGCUUAGCUCUCCUGGUGCUAAACACAGCAUACAUUCAAAAUGUAAGGAGAGAGGGGACUGUAAGGAUAGAGCCUUAGGUCUAAAUGCUAGCUGGUUGUGUCAGUAUUUAGGCAUCCUUCUCAUCUUUGGCUUCUCCACAUUCACAUGUAUUGUAUUUAUAUGUAUACACAUAGGUGUAUGCCUAUAGAUAUAUAGAUUAUUUUUUUGCUGUAAUAAUAAACGUCUCCGUCUUUGGUGUCUUCUUCCUUCUA